CCAGUGCUCAGUAAUGAUCAGGUGUACAUCGAGGGAUUACGUGUGAUCCAGUUUCGUUUAUCUCAGUAAUAUACAUGUAUCAGAUAUAACAGGAUUUAAAAACAACUGUCUUGGCGCUGUACCAUUUUUAUUAUGGAACUGUUUCUGCAAUCUUUCCAUGUUAUCGCAAAGACACGUCACAUAAUUCGGUCACGAUUGGUUGGAUCUGUGUUAGUGUGUAGAUUAUAAUAGCGUUCGCAAAACAGUUACAUGUAAAACGCAAUUAGCAUAACAUUUUCCAUGUAGAAAUAUACGAAAGGAGUAAAAAAAUAGCUACGUCUGGUUAUCAGGCGAUUGGAGAGUAAGAAGUUGCAUCAGGUCAAAGGUCGCGUACAUGCGAAAUAUGUCAAAUAAAGACGUCAUCAAAAUGGCGCGUGAAGGCACUACCACGGAUUACAAUGGUGUGUUCGACCCAGAGUGGUAUUUAGACACGUACUACGGCUCUGUGGCUGACCAGGUAUCCGGCCACGUGACUAAUCAGGCGUCCAGUCAGUCUGAUGGAGUGGUUGGUAACCAGUUACAGUUUAACUUACUUCAAUUCAACUUGGAGAAAUAUCACGACAUCUUUCAAUAUGGUGAUGUGAAGGGACGCAGACUACUGGACGUAGGGACGGGCCCGUCAGUACACUCAGUCAUCAGUGCCUGCCGCCAUGUUGAUGACGUAUAUCUCACUGACUUCGCCGCACAAAAUAGGAAAGUGCUAAAUGAUUGGUGGAAAAGUGACAAAACAACUAUUGUAAAAGUUACUGAAUACAUAUUGAGAAAGGAGAAUUCAAGUGAAACGGUCGCGGAGCGCCAUAAAACGAUCAAAGAGAAAGUACGACAUGUUUUGCCAAUUGACGUCACCUUGUCUGAUCCACUUGGAAGCGGAUGUGACGUCAAUCAGUUUGAUAUUAUCACCUCCAGCCUCUGUUUGGAAGCAGCAGCCCAAACGCUUGACCAGUAUCGUAGCAACGCAGCAAAUGUAUCUUCCUUACUGAAGAGCGGAGGACAUUUUAUCCUGAAUGGUGUACUGGAACAGACCUGGUAUCGGAUAGGAGAGGCCAAGUUCUCGUGCGUGAAGCUCACGCGAGAUGACAUAAAAUCGACGUUUGUCAGCUGUGGGUUCAAUAUUCAGCUUUUUGAUGAUGUGAAAUUCAAAUCUAAAGAAGAUGAAUAUUCAGACUUUCACGGAUAUUUUGUCAUGCACGCAAUAAAAGAAUAAGUUAUUCUCUACAGAGUCUAGAGAAUGGACCUUUUUCAUUGACAGUAUAUACCUGUAAAUCCAGUUUAAACAGCUACCAUCAGGAUAGGAUUAAGAAAGUAAAGUCAGGGAGAAAAAGUGCGAGGCAGCCAUUAAGCGAGAUGACGUAAAAUCGACGUUUGUCAGCUGUGGGUUUAAUAUUGCUUCAAUGGAGACUGUGAAGUCGACGGAAGGCGGUUAUUAUUCUGACUUUCACGGUUAUUUUAUAAUGCAUGCAAUUAAAAAAUAAUUGUAAUCAUUAA